UAUUUUUUUAGAAAUGCUAGGCUUACAAUACGAACCUCAAUAUGGUGUGACCAAAUCCGCAUGUUGGCCAUAUUCAAAAUACGUCCCUGUGGAUAUUCCAGAUUACAAAAUAACCAGGCCGUUGGACUAUUACGGUUCAUGGCCCGAAUACUAUCCCAUGUAUUUGCCUAUACCGGAAUUUAGGACUUAUUUGAAUAAUCUGUUGCGCAGAGAUUUAAGGAAAAUGUAUAUGGGACUAGAAACAAGAUACGAUCCUAUCCAUGGAUACAACUACACCUACUGGCCGGACUCGAAAUAUUUCAGAAAUUACAGAUUUUCUCCACCCAUUAGCUGGGCGGAUCAAUGGACAGAGAGAUCCAGGGUUUGGUUUCCAUACUAUUGGUCAACAAGAAGACUUUUUCAACACUAUAUGGACUAUCAACCAUCUACAAGGUCACUAAGAGUUCAACGACUAAGAAACGACUUAUAUUUUUAGAAGAAUUAUAUAAACACAUACGAACAUUAUGGACUUUUAAUAUAAAUUAAUUUGUAUAUUUUUAAAUGUAAAAAAUAUUUUAUUUUUAUAAAAAUAAAUUUGUUAAUGUACUU